AUGCAGGGUCAGGGUUGGUCUAGCUCUGCGGCUGAAACGCCGCAAAGCUUCAACCCACCCCUCUUUAACAACGACGGCUCGAUGAACCAGGAGGCGAUGCAAAGCAUGUUGCAAGGCAAUGUGCCCAACAACAUGGCAAGCCAAGGUUUCUCCGGCUUCGAUCCCGCCCCCAACUUCCCCCACUCGUCUCAGAUGAUGAUGCCGCACCGGUUUGGCGCUGGUCCGCAAAUUCGGCCCGUGGUUGGCGAUCCCACCCAUCGUCCUAUGCCGUCAAUCACACCCAGUGGAGUGGACAACUCCGCAUCUGCUGCAGCGGCUGCCGCAUAUGGUCAUCUUGGAUUCAACGGAUCCGUCUCCGCACCUGCGUCCAGACGCCAGUCUCAAAGAAACACUGAUCCAUCACAGCCGACUCAGCAACAAGAUGGUCCUUGGAACGCCUUGCCUGCUAACAUGCAAGAAUUUAUGCAGCCUGGCACAGAAGUGAUGGGCAACAUAUCGAUGCAAGCUCCUUCCGAUAUGGAUUUCCGCACCAACAUGAAUGGCUACGAACCUGAUGGUCCUAGCUCCAACGGUAGCGAAGAGUCAGCGCAGGGCAAGCGCAGACGCAUGACCUUUGGAGGAGCGCCCAUCAAUCCUAUGCAGAUGCAGGCUGGCAACAAGCCUUUGCUCUUCCACAACAACAGCAGCAGUAGCAGCAGCGGAAUGGGCGAUAUUAACAGCAUGGGAUCGACACCAAUGCCUGGAUUCGACCAAGAAAGGCAACAUAAUAGCUUCGUGCGCCCGCCAUUUCACCAUCGUAGAUCUCGCAGCGGAUCCGAGGCGACCGGCCCGCCCGGUCUUGGGAAUCGCUCGUUCAGCAGUAUCGAACUUGGGGCCGGUUCCCACAAUUUGUACGGAAACGGUCCUGGCUAUCCGCAGCCACCGCCUCUGUAUCCUUUAGGCCAACAACAAAGCCAUUCGUUUGGCGAAUCGCAAGCCCUGGCAGCCUUGGGUGGACAUGCCGCUAGCCACCCUCCUGGUCUCGGCAGUCAAAUCCUGCGCGGCGUCGACGUCAGCGCCAGCGGCUCUUCUGCAGCCACCGACUUCACCAAACGCAAGGGUUGGACCGGGCGCGUGGUCGAAGAACUGCUCGACUUUGUCCAUGUCUUGGAUCCUGAAGGCAUCAUCCUCUUUGCGAGCCCAAGCGUCCAAGGUUUAACGGGUUGGAAAAGCGAGGAGCUCAAAGGACGCAAGCUCACUGAAUUUGUGCAUCCUCAGGAUGCUGCCUCAUUGGAUCGCGAGAUUGACAGGAUGCGCAGCAGCAAAGGCGAGCUGCUGACCUACUACCGCUUCAAGACCAAGCCCCAGGCCAUACGUUCCAGCAAAAGAGGUGACAAGGCGUUUGAAGAUAACGAGUCGUCUGCUGACGGUACAGGCGAGGAGAAGGGCAAGAGUAGCCAGCAUUCUAGCGAGGUCGAACAUGCUAACGCCUUUACCCGCAAUGGCGAGUAUAUUGUCUUUGAAGCCACGGGGCACCCGUACUUUCCACCGCAGCCACCUGCGGCUGCUUCCAACGCCAGCGAUGGUGCAAAUGACAAAGACGAUGAGAAAGCAAUGGACGACAAAGGCAACAAUGCUCCCAAGCCAACCGAUAGCGAGGCGCAAAAGGGUGUCGUCAAAUUUGAGCCUCUCGUCCCAAGCCUUUCUACUGAUCCGAAAGUGGCGCAUCCACUCAGUCGCGAGCAAACGCUGCAGACGCCCACGAGCGAGGCUACCAGCACGUCGCGCUCGCAGCUGCAAUGCUUCUUUUGUUCAGCGCGUCCUUAUCCGAGCAAGAACACGAGCAUGCUCGAUUCGUUCCUUGAGCUCAAGCUCGAGAACGAAAAGCUGCGUCUCCUCAUCGCUGACAUGGACUUGACUGGGCCAGAAAACGAACAUGAGCGCAGCUCGUUUGCAGCUGCGUACCAUCCGGACUUGCUAAAGCAAGAGAUCGAAAACGAGGCUGUUGCUGGUGCUUGGGCGCAUCACGUCAACCCGAUGUCUGGCUCUGCUGCCGUCGGGCCUGAUGGCCGUAUCUUGACGACACAACCUGGCCAGAGGCCUGGCCAUGGUUCGCGACAAAACUCGAUUGGAUCGCAUCCUACCAGUCCGCUGAUGCGCACCAACUCUGUGCGAGACGAGGUGCUGGCCGGUCUCGGUGUUUCGGCGGGUGAUGAGUCUGACGAGGAUGCUGCUGGCAACGCGAGCAACGCCAACGGUGCAGGCGCGGAUGGAAUUGGCAACGCAGCUGACGAUGCAAGACGCAAAAAGAAGCCCAAACAGGAUGACGGUGACCACGUCUGCACCGACUGCGGCCGUGUCGAUUCACCCGAAUGGCGCAAAGGUCCAUUAGGACCCAAGACGUUGUGCAACGCCUGUGGUCUGCGAUGGGCAAAGAAGAUCAAGCGCAAGGGCGGCGAUCCCAAUAUGGCAGUUGGUUCCAUGAUGGCGCCAAGCGGUAUCAUGCCGUCAGCGGGCGGUGUUGGCGGCAGCGUGGGCCCAAACGUCGGUAUGGGCUCGCACGUUAUGCCUCACGGUCCUUCGACGUCGCAUGGCCAUCCGCUUCCAUUCAACCGUGCCGAUAGUGGACAGAUGCAAGGCAUGCCAAGGGCACCGCCUAGCGCAAUACCGGCUGGUAUGAAUAUGCCCAACCUGAUCAACUCGUCGCCGAAUGGCUUCGGCAAUCGAAGCUCUUUUGGCGAGAAUCAGCUUCAUCUCCAGAACAACGGUCUCAACAAUAUGGGCGGCGGUCACAUGUGA